CGUGAUGUGUUGAUGGGGUCCAGGCAGCUUUGCAUCAGCAGCAUCCAUCAUCAGCUGAUUGUCAAGGUCGCCAGCGCGAGGCAUCAUGGGGAGGGUCCGUUGAAUCCACUCCGGGACCGGCAUUGCAUGCAGAGAGGCCACCCCUUUUGCUCAUGACGGCGCAGAUGUCACGAAGUCUAUUGCAACAAAAAAAAAAGUCACAGAUUAUCGAAGGAGGUUACGUAUUGGCAGUGUUCUCGUUUUUCAUAGGCUGAUUGUAUAUUUCGUCAAAGUAAACGUGCGGAUUGCCUCGCAUCCCAGUACUAUAUGAAACGAACUGUAAGGAAGACAUUGCGAGUGUUUGAGUUUGCAUUUGGUGCUACCAAAGGGGCGGGUGGACAAGCCUAUCUCUUCGAGUCACGACAGAUCUUCCUUUAGUAAUCCUGUUUUUGGAGGGAACUUGUAGGUUCUCAAUAAAGUGGGAGCGGCACUUUGGUCCAGCCGGCGUCCAGAAUUGACUAAAGAUGGAGGGCGAGAAGAAACAGGUUACAGGGUACCUUCUGUUCUCAUUGGGUACUGCUGUCAUUGGGUCACUGCAGUUUGGCUACAACACAGGAGUCAUCAAUGCCCCUGAACAGAAACUGCGAGCCUUCUUCAACAGCACCUGGAUGGAGCGCUACAACGAGCCCAUCAGCCCUGGUGUGUGCACCAUUGUGUGGAGUUUGGCCGUGGCCAUCUUCAGUGUGGGCGGCAUGGUGGGAUCCUUCAGUGUGGGCGUCAUGGCCAACCACUUCGGCCGGCGGAGGUCUAUGUUCCUGGUCAACAUCCUGGCCGUGAUUGGGGGUCUUCUGAUGGGCUUCUCCACCAUCUGCAACUCCUAUGAGAUGGUCAUUGCUGGACGCCUCGUCAUCGGCCUCUUCUGUGGUCUCUUCACGGGCCUCACUCCCAUGUACGUUGGCGAGGUGUCCCCCACGCCACUCCGGGGGGCCUUUGGCACCUUGCAUCAGCUUGGGGUGGUGAUUGGCAUCCUGGUGGCACAGAUCUUUGGCUUGGAGUCCCUGCUGGGGUCGGACACACUGUGGCCCCUGCUGCUGUCACUGACGGUCAUCCCAGCCGUGCUGCAGUGCAUCCUGCUGCCCUUCUGCCCCGAGAGCCCCCGCUACCUCCUCAUCAACCAGAACAAGGAGGAGCAGGCUCGCAAAGCCCUGAUGCGUCUGCGCGGUAGCGAGGACGUCAGUAAAGACAUGCAGGAGAUGAAGGAGGAGAGUGCCAAGAUGGCCGCAGAGAAGAAAGUAACCAUCCCUGAGCUGUUUCGUAUCCCCGCCUACCGCCAGCCACUCCUCAUUGCUAUUAUGCUGCAUCUCUCCCAGCAGCUGUCCGGGAUCAAUGCCGUGUUCUACUACUCCACUGGCAUCUUUCAAUCUGCUGGUGUGACCCAGCCCAUAUAUGCCACCAUUGGUGCUGGUAUUGUUAAUACUGUCUUUACUGUGGUGUCUCUAUUCCUGGUUGAGAAGGCGGGACGGAGGACUCUCCACCUUAUUGGACUAGCUGGAAUGGCGGUCAGCGCCCUGUUCAUGACUAUCGCUCUCUUGUUGAAGCACAUUGAGUCUCUGAGCUAUCUAAGCAUAGCUGCAGUAUUUGCGUUUGUGGCCAUGUUUGAGAUGGGGCCUGGUCCGAUCCCAUGGUUCAUCGUGGCCGAGCUGUUCUCCCAGGGCCCACGUCCUGCCGCCAUGGCCGUGGCCGGCUGCUCUAAUUGGACUGCCAACUUCCUGGUUGGAGUCAGCUUCCCAAAGCUAGAGGAACUGUGUGGUCCUUACGUCUUCAUUAUCUUCAUGAUCCUCCUCAUCUUCUUCUUCAUCUUCACCUACUUCAAAGUCCCAGAGACCAAAGAAACCUUUGAUGAGAUUGCGCUGUGCUUCAGUGGCAUCCCAACCACCGACACAUUGGUGGAGGCCGCGCCCACCAGCACCAGCGGUGCUGUGACACUUCCUGCUUCCCCUGUGAAAGAGAAGGUCCCUUUGGUUGAGGCACUGCCGGCAGAGGAUAAAUCUAACUCUACUGUACAGGAAAGCUUGUAGGAAACCUGUUGCAGAUUAGAGGUAAAGGGUAUAAAGUCAAAAAGAGCAUGGGGGGGUAAGAUAUUAACAACAACAAAUCAAAGCUUCAGUCUUCAAGUCAAUGAGAGGUGAGUUUGUAAGCAACGACACAAACAGAUUUCCUCAAAGGUCAAUAUGGGGAUCAGGAGAUGCUUGUAGCGGACAUUUUGGUGCAAUACAGUAGAUAGGCUGAUUUAAGGGUUAUUUUUAUUAACUUAAUUUAAUUCCUUUUAAUGUUACCUCAAAAGGGAUCAUGGUAUUUAUAGUUUAAACCUUCCGUUCCGGUUUCCAUUCAUGAUUUGAACUCCUUUGCAGCUAUUCCAAAGUGUUUUUAAUUUUAAAACCUGGUCAAAAUGGAGAACAGAUAAUGUUUUUGAUACAUACUGUAUUGGUUUUAACCGUCAAAGUAACAUGUAAAGUGAAAUGAAAUUGGCGAAGAGAAGAGAGGGGACUAUAGUUUUGUUAGGAAUAGUAUUUUUACAAACCCGUCCCAUAUAAUUAAGGCAGUUAAAGUACAAAAUGAUACAUGCUUAUUGCCACUCUUAAUCAUAUAAACUGAAUAAAGAUCAAUAGAUCUCGUAUAAAAAUAGAAAUCACGUGUUCUGCUAGGGCGCUUUAGGUGCAUCUUGUAACCCUGAUGUAAUGUAGUGUCUUUAUAAUCAGCAGCAGACAGUGCUAUGAAAGCCAGUAUCCAACACUGCUCAAAAAGCACAAAAGCGCGUUAUAAAUAAUUACCGGUAAGUCAAUUAAUUAUUCAUGAUUAGAGAAAUAUACCUAAAGGGAGUAUUUUUAUAAUCUGCCAAUAAUAUGAAUUAGGAUAGAAGAUCUGUCUCAAUCAAUUAAUCCUUAAUAAUUGUAGAAAUAUCUACCUAAAGGGGAUGUUUUUUUUCCAUCCGCCAAUAUGAAUGUAGUAUAGUUUAGAAUUACAAUAGGAUAGAAAAGUAAUAGAAUCACUAACCCUAACCCUAGUAACUUAUUAGGAAAUUGUAUCUCAUCGUACCAAAAGAGGUUUAGAAUUAGGAAUGGUAAUCUAAAGGACGGGUAUUUUAGAGCUGUUGGUAGUUUGUAGAGGGGAGAGUAAAAAAGGAUUUUAGAGCUGGUCACAGUGAUGCUGGGAUGUGGAGUGCAAUGAUGUUUCUUGAGAAGAGAUGCUUUGAUGAUUUGGUGAAAGAAUCAUAAGAAUCUUAUUUUGUUCGUUGUUGGUUCAUGGAAUUUUAUUUGAAUGCUACAGUGAACUGCCGUUGUGACCAAACAUGAGGGAGGAGCCACAUAUUUUUUCAAAUAACUCAAUUACGAGUUUGUGCUCAUUCUAGUUUGUCAUGCUUUGUCUGAAGAUAAAUUAUGUGGAAUCUAAUUCAUGAAGAAUUUUAUUGAAAGAUUUGAUGUUUCACAGUUGAGUACUGCAGUAUGUUACACAAUAUAUUUAAAUAAGUAUUUGUGCUUGUGUAAAUUAAUUGGAGUAAUUUAUCGCCCCUGCACUUUUACCAUUGAUCUUGCUUUGAAUGAAGCCAGAGUCAUUGCAGUGUUGUGUAUUGGUCAUACAGUAUAUUGUGAGUAUAUGUGUUGCACAGGGAAAAUGUAUUCCCUUGAUGGUA